GAAUACUUGGUGAUAGUUCGCUAUGGUAUAAAGACGGGAUAAACUCAUUCUCUUCCUUAGAUCAACUUGCCUUUCCCCAAUCCGCGACUUCAAGAUGUCUGCUUCAACGUUACAAGGAUCAGCAACACUCGGCAAUUAUAGCUUCGCGCAUAAUAAUCCACCAACCCUCCAGCAUAAUAGAGAUGUCAGCUUCGGCUCUAGUCCUCCGACGAUGGGAAGUCAAGAAUGUCCAUUGCGAAUGUCGGUUGUGAACGACUACGGUUUGUCUGCGUCCACGCAACAUAUUGCGACAAUGUCAGAUAUGAAUACCGUCGUCCCUACUAUGGAAAAUUUCAAUGUUAUCCCAUGGACGUCAGGUAGUCCAUCGAGUGGAGAUGCUAUCUUGCCUGGGUCCCCGCAUAUUUUACCAAACCCUUGCUAUGAUCUAGGAGAUGCCAGGUUCAGGUCCGCCAGUCCUAGUCAUCCAGGGAUCGGAGGGGCUUACUGGUCUCCACAUGCAUUCCAAAUGCUAGGACUAAUUGGCCACACUUCGCCCGUGUCCUUGCAACGCAGUAUGACCGCCUCGUGUACGCAUUCCGUCGUCCCUAUGAUGGCAAACUCCAAUAGCGUUUCCUUCUGGGAACCAGACAAUCACAAAACUGGUGCAUCAGAUGACCGGUCGCAUUGUCGGUCAUAUCUCCACGAUGUAGGAGGUGCCAGUUCUGGAGUCCUUAGUCAUACAUCGAUGGAAAGGGUCUACUUGCCUCCACACGCAUUCCCAAUGCCGGGACCGAUCGGCCACACUUCACUCGUAUCCUCGCAAUGCGGGAUGACUGCCUCGAAUACACACUCUGUCGUCUCUAUGAUGGCAAAUCCUAACGCUGUCUCGUGGACACCAUGCAAUAUCUCACAUGGCACCUCGCAGAGUGUGCCCCCUCCGGUCCAGUCAGAACUGACAACCAACCAACCAUCUCUCUAUCUCUGCCGGUGGGUAUAUAACAACGCACCCUGCGGAUAUGACGGGACCUUGGAGGAUUUAAAACAGCAUUGGUAUCACAACCAUCUUCCUAAAUGUCCAGGUGUGAGUAUCCCAUGCCAAUGGGAACAUUGCAACUAUCACAAGCGAGGUCAUCCCUCAAAUAAUAAAAUGGUCCGCUGUUCCGUAUGGCGGCAUAUAUCUGAAGUCCAUUUAAAGCGUCGCAGGAAUUAGUAGACACCGAGUAUGUUUUACUCUAACCUGCCAUAGAAUUACUGUGUAAGACUAGCCGCCUAACGUCGACAGGAGAUGAUGCACUUGAUAUAAUAUAU